GAAUAUGUGUACAUACAGAAGCUACUAUGUGUCUGUGCAUAUGUCUGUAAAAGUGUGUUUAUCAAUGUAUGUGUCUGUUUCUGGCUAUCCAUGCAUAUGCAUGUGUUUUCUACAUGGAUAUGUGUGUGGGAGGAGGCCCUUGUGCCUGCCCUCCCUCUCUUCCUUCCUCCCACCCCCAGGACUCUCCCUCUGCCCCCCAGGAGCCAAAGGGGGUUCAAACUGAGGCUGACCAUGAUGCUUUCCUGGACCCUCACUGCACUCCCUCCCACGUUGCUGCUAGUACAGGCCCUGCUGAGCCCAGGCCAGGGGGAGCUGGCGCCUCAGAUCGAUGGGCAGACAUGGGCAGAGCGGGCAUUGAGGGAGAAUGAACGCCAUGCCUUCACCUGCCAGGUGGAAGGUGGGCAUGACCCUCCGAGGCUAGCCUGGUACCUGGAUGGACAACUGCAGGAGGCCAACACCUCGAGGCUGCUGAGCGUGGGUGGGGAGGCCUUCGCUGGCGGCACUAGCACGUUUACAAUCAUUGCCCAGAGGGCUCAGCAUGAGCUGAACUGCUCUUUGCAGGAUCCAGACACCAGGAGGGUGGCCAAUGCCUCUGUCAUCCUCAAUGUGCAAUUCAAACCAGAGAUUGCCCAGGUUGGGGCCAAGUACCAAGAAGCCCAGGGCCCAGGGCUCUUGGUUGUCCUGUUUGCCCUGGUGCGAGCCAACCCACCUGCCAAUGUCACAUGGAUUGACCAGGAUGGACCUGUGACAGUCAACACUUCUAAUUUUCUGGUACUGGAUGCCCAGAGCUACCCCUGGCUCACCAACCACACUGUACAACUGCAGCUCCACAGCUUAGCCCAAAACCUCUCUGUGGUGGCCACCAAUGGCGUGGGUGUCACAAGUUCUUCUCUCCCAGCACCAGGGCUCCUGGCCACCCAGGUGGAAGUGCCGAUGCUAGGCAUUGUUGUGGCUGGGACCCUUGCUCUGGGCACUCUGGUGGGCUUCAGCACUCUGGUGGCCUGCCUGGUCUGCAGGAAGGACAAAAAGACCACAGGCACCUCUCGGCGACCAUCUCUCCUCUCCAGUGACUCCAACAAUCUGAAACUCAACAAUGUGCGACUGCCUCGGGAAAACAUGUCCCUUCCUUCCAACCUGCAACUCAAUGAUCUCACUCCAAACUCCAGAGCCAAACCAGCUGAUGGACAGAUACCACAGAACACCAGGAGGCCUGACAUCCUGGACCCUGAGAAUGGUGUCCUUUUCACCAGCCAAGGUUUUGUACACCUUCCGAUGCUGGGCUACAUCUAUCGGGCAUCCAGUAUGAGCAGUGAUGAAAUUUGGCUGUGAGCAAGAGGGCAGGGUAGAGGGAAGUCCUUUUGUUCCUCUGGUUGCCUUUUGCUUCUCUCCUGAGUCUGCCCUUACCCUCCUGGCUGGGGAGGUAAUUUUUGUUAUCCAUAUAAUGAGUUUGAUUGUUAUCAUUGGGACCUCAAACUCGGAUCAGACUCUCUUAGGCAUGGGGUUGAGGCUGCCCAUGAGAACCAGUCACUUCAUUUUAACUCAGGUUAGUCUUGAGACUUGGGUAAUGAUGUAACGAAUACCCAAGCUGAAUGUAGCUGUGUUCAAAUAGCAUGUAACUUCUAGGAGAGGACAUGACAUUUCCUGACAUCUCAAAACCAUACCCUUGAUCUUCUUUAGCACUUUAUACAAUGGGGAGCAUGCCAGGCUGGGUGGAUAGGGAGAAUGCUGCAUGCCCUGGGCACUGCCCUUAGUUCCUCUUUUAACUCUCUAUGCCUCACCCCUUUUAGGCAGAAAUCAAACCGUCCCUUCCUUGUGUGCCAACCCUGGCACAUUGGCGUGGGCUAAGCUAAGCACAACCUUUUCCUUUUGGCUGAAAGCCUCCCUGCCUGCCUCUACUUCCUCAUGAGUACUACAUAUAGUGAUGGGAUGGGUAUGGGAUAUGGGCUUUCCUCACCUCCUUGAUGUACCCAAAGCAUCUUUCCUGUGAGCAAUGUUAGCUCUGGGCAUCAGCAAAGAUUAGGGAGAAAAGGAGGAAGGGAGACCUAGUAAUGCCCUCCCAAGGGCAUGAAACUAUGCACCUGUUCUUGCAAUAUCAGCACUUUAAGAAUGUCCCAUAGGGGAGGGGGCAUGACUAAGAGCCCCCAGAGCUUCUGCUUUGUCUCUGAUGUUUCUUCUACAUUUGGGGCUUCCUAGAAAUUCACUGUGAGUGCCCUAGGCCCAAUACGCCUAGGGUUUCCCCUGUCAAAACUGUGGUCUGCCUCCUCUCAUUCAUAUGUUUUACUUAACCCCAUUCCCACCUCCUCCAACCCUCUGGCACUGAUUUGUCUGGUAUCCAUCCUUUGGCAGCAAUAAACCAAGUUCAUCUUGUCCCAUGGAGCUGCCAUUUUUCUCUAGAGGAAAUUCUUUCCAGAGAGGAAUGGUCAUGGCUGAAAGACAUCAUUCUGUCAGUCAGUAGCAUUAAUGGUAUGCCCAGGGUUCUUUGGGGUGCAUUGGCAGUCUGGGGAGGGGGAAAAGAGACACCAUGGACAUAGAGUACAAUAGAGUUCUUGCCCAAGAAAGUAUAUAAUCCUUUAGUUGAGGAGUCUGACUCAGAGUUGUAUGCAGGAAUCAUAUUCUAAUGGAUCUACAAAAAUAAUUAUAGAGCUGACAUAAAGUGGCAUUGACCUGAAAUGUUUUCAUAGGACCAGAAUUUGAGAAUUGUAAGAGACCUCAGCAGUGGUUGAGAUAGUUAUCCAGUCCAACCAUUAUUACAUACCCAACAAAUGGUCGCCCACUUUUCUGUAAAUUUUGUAAUUUAAAAAAUGGUGGCUGUGAGUCAGUGGGCGUUAUGCUGUCCCUGGCUGGCUCGAUGACGUUUAGCCCAGCUAGGAAUAAAUGGAAGACAUAGGAAUUUGCCAAAGACAAAACCUGCCCUCCUUCUUCCCCUUCCACCUGCUGAUUCCCCAUAAGAAGGGGAUCCAGAACAGCAAUCUAAGCAUAAAAGAGAGACCACCGCUGAUUUUCGUACUGCUGCUUAGCGUCUUGUUGGGCAUUAAGGGAUGCCUGGAUGUCUACUCCUAGGGCAAUGCCCCCAGAUUCCUCAAGGUCCUAGACAGAAUAUUCACACAACAUCAAGAUGAUUUAAGAAUAUUGAGAAAACAAUCUACAAACGAUGGGAAAUUAAGAUAGCACAGAGUAUAUUUUUAACAUUUUAUAAAAAUCUAUCAUAUUAUUGCUCAGCAGCAUGUUGAAUACAUAGCAAGCUUUCAAUAAAAUGACUGACUUCAUGUAUAUUUAUAUUUUCUCCCCAAACAUGCUGUAAGUUUAUUAAGGGCAAGGACUAUGUCUUCUGUUUUGGGAGCAUCUGUGGAGUGGCCCAGGUGGUCCUGAAGCUUUUCAUUUUAGGGGGAAAGAGACUGGACCUAUGAUUUCUCUGGAAUAAAGACCCGCUUUAUGAGGAGACUCCAUCUAU